CCCCCGGGAUGCUUAGCUCGCUAAGCAAAAACCGGAAAGGGAAGAAAAAAUUCCCAACCUCCAUUCCACGGUGCCAAGAGGACGAGCGAGCGAGGCGCAGUGGGGGAGACCGGGAGUGUGCGCGUAGAGGAGAAAGAGAGAUCCAUCCAAAAUACUCCUCCGCCUCCGCCUCCGCCUCCACGUAAAGCUAGCUGUAUUCCUCACCACCGUCGCCACCACGCACACUCCUCUCCCACCUCUCUCCCCUCACUCUCUCUCUAGUCUCUACCCACUUUCUCUCUCUAUCUCUCAAGAUCUGUCGCGGACGCGGAAUUCAGCUUGCUUCUCCCGUGAGGAUGCCAUCUUUACGGCGUCCCCGCCGGCGGGGGCUGCCGCUGCCGCUGCUCAUACUGCUGCCGAUCCUGCUCGCCUCCUCUCGCGCCGUCGACGGCCGCGCUCCGGCGGCCACCGCGAGGAGGCAGCUGCACCAGCCCUUCCUGCCGGACCCGUCGUCCUCCUCCUCCGCGCCGCCGUCGCAGGCGCCGCCGGGCCCGGCGCCGCCCUUCUUCCCCACGCUGCAGGCGCCGCCGCCGCCGCCGGGCACGCCGACCGCGCCGGAGCAGCCCACGUACCCCGCCCUCGUGCUCCCCAACCCCAGCACCCCCGCCGGGAGCGCCACGGCCGCGCCCUCCGACGGCGCCGGCGCCGGCUCGGGAGGCAACAAGUCCUCCAAGAGCUCCAAGCUCGUCCCGGCCAUCCUGCUGCCGCUGCUCACCGUCGCCGUGCUCGGCCUCUCCAUCGCCUUCUUCUUCAAGCGCCGCCGGACCAAUGCCGGCCGCGGGGUCGGGGGCGGGUGCGUCGGCGGCGGGGACAGCAAGUUCCUGCACCCGGAGCGGGCCAGCCUCUUCGCGCGCGACGAGUUUGGCGGGAGCGGCAGGGGCGCGCCGGCCACCACGGCCGCCUCCACGGCCCCGUCGGCCGAGUUCCUCUACGUGGGCACCUUGGCCGGCAGGGAGGACGGGAAGAGCAGCGACACGACCUCGUCCGGAGACGAGGUGUCCCGGAGCUCCGGCGGCUCGCCGGAGCUGCGCCCUCUGCCGCCGCUGGUGGGGCGGCAAUGCGGGCCGGCCGGGUCGAGGAGCCCUGGCAUCGGCGGGUCCUCCCCGUCGUCCGGGGACGAGGAAUUCUACUCGCCGCGGGGAUCGUCCAAGGCGUCGGGCUCGCAGCGGACGCUCGCAGCGGCGGUCCAGGCCGCCGUGGCCGCGCGCGACCGCUCCCGGACCCCCUCGCCGGGAUCGGCCGUCAGCACGCCGUCGUACCCGUCUUCGCCCGGGGCGACGAUGUCCCCUGCACCUUCCUCCCCGCCUCUCCUGUCAACCCCUCCGUUCGCGCCGACACUUCCACCGCCGCCGCCGCCUCGCCGGAAACCACCGUCCCCAUCGCCACCGUCCUCUCCACUCGUGAGCACGCCGCCAGCUCUCAGAUCCGCCACCGACACCAUCUCAAAAAACCCAUUCACCCAGCCACCAGCCCCACCGACAAGCACGCGCGGGCAACCUCCUCCGCCCCCGCCGCCUCCUCCGCCGCCGUUGGGCUACUGGGAGAGCCGCGUUCGCAAGCCCGGCAUGUCGAAAGAGGCCAUGUCGCCAGCGCUGUCUCCGCCACCCCAAGCCGCCAAUUCCAGGAGCGUUCCACCCACCGACGCUUUCCCCGGGCGGCUGCAGGACAAUGCGGACCACGGCGACAAGUCCGAGGAGACCACGCCGCGGCCGAAGCUGAAGCCCCUGCACUGGGACAAGGUCCGGGCCAGCUCAGACCGAGCCAUGGUGUGGGAUCAGCUCAAAUCCAGCUCAUUCCAGGUGAAUGAGGAGAUGAUCGAGACGUUGUUCAUCUGCAAUCCGGCGAAUGCGGCGCCGAAGGAGGCGACAAAGAGGCCGGCGCUGCCGACGCCCAAGGCGGAGAACAAGGUGCUGCUGGAUCCAAAGAAGGCACAGAACAUCGCCAUCUUGCUGCGCGCUCUGAAUGUUACCAAGGAGGAGGUCUGCGAAGCCCUCUGCGAAGGUAACACGCAGAACUUUGGAGCAGAUUUACUGGAGACCUUGCUAAAGAUGGCUCCUACCAAGGAAGAGGAGAUCAAGUUGAGAGAAUUCAAAGAAGAGACAUCUCCUAUUAAGCUUGGCCCUUCUGAAAAGUUCCUUAAGGCGGUUCUUGAUGUGCCUUUUGCUUUCAAAAGAGUAGACGCGAUGCUUUAUAUUGCUAACUUUGAAUCAGAGGUCAAGUACUUGAAGAACAACUUUGAGAUCCUUGAGGCUGCUUGCGAUGAGCUUAGAAACAGCAGACUAUUUCUGAAGCUACUGGAGGCCAUUCUCAAGACUGGCAACAGGAUGAAUGUUGGCACAAAUCGCGGCGAUGCUCAUGCAUUCAAGCUUGAUACUCUGCUCAAACUGGCUGAUGUCAAAGGCACCGAUGGCAAGACAACCCUUCUGCAUUUCGUCGUGCAGGAGAUCAUCCGAACAGAGGGUUCCCGUCUCUCUGCCAGCAACCAAUCGACACCAAGAACUCUUGCAAACCCUCUCCGAGAUGAGCUUGAGUGCAAAAAGCUUGGCCUCCAAGUGGUGGCUGGCCUCGGGAACGAGCUCAGCAGCGUCAAGAAGGCGGCGGCAAUGGACUCCGACGUGCUGAGCAGCUACGUUGCGAAGCUCGCAGGAGGAAUAGAGAAGAUCACCGAGGUGUUGCGGUUGAAUGAAGAGCUGAACACGAGGGACGACGCAUGGAGGUUCCAUGACACGAUGCAGAAGUUCUUGAAGAAGGCCGACGACGAGAUCCUCAGGGUUCAAGCUCAGGAGAGCGUCGCGCUGUCGCUCGUGAAGGAGAUCACCGAGUACUUCCACGGCGACUCGGCGAAAGAGGAGGCCCAUCCUUUCAGGAUCUUCAUGGUGGUCAGGGAUUUCCUCUCGGUGCUCACUCAGGUGUGCAGGGAGGUCGGCAGGAUCAAUGACCGCACGAUCGCCAGCUCCGUGCGCCAUUUCCCGGUGCCCGUCAACCCGAUGAUGCCGCAGUUGUUCCCGAGGAUUCACGCGUUGAGAGCUGGAAUCUCCGACGACGAGAGCUCGGUCGCGUCGUCGCCCUGACCAACACUAGUCUGCCCAUAGAAUUUUCCAUGGAUCAUCAAUGAGGAAACCGCCAGAGGGCGGGAACUGCAGAAGGACAACUCAACAGGGUGGCAGCCGGGGCCAGAGCACCCCUGGCACGGGAACUCCAACCAAUUAGCACCGGCAUCUAUCCAACAUGCCAUAUGGCAAUGGCAUCGUCAAGCUCAGGUGAGUUGGAGGUAGCUGAGCACCCCCUAACACCGUGCCCGACGCUCGCCACCCGCACGCACGAACACCGAUGGCGUCGGGCCUGUUCAUCUCUUUCUUUCCUGACUUUUUGUACCUGUAGAAUAUAGAAUGUACAAGUUUUUUUGCAAAUAUUUAUUCCGAUAUAUAAGAAGGGACAAAAGGCUUUAGAUCAGACAUCGGAGGAGGGAAAAUAAGCAGUUCAUGUAUGUAUGUAUGUAUGCGGUCUCAGAUUCUGUACAUUAACAUGGAGCAGUGGGUAAAUCAGAUGUCGAAUUAUUCGUUGGCCCGAGCA